AGGGGCUCUGAGGGUGCAGCGAGAAGGGGGACGGGGGGACCCCGGGCGCUGGGGUUACAGAAGGAGGCGGCACACAGGAGCUGGCUGGAGGGAUGGAGAAACAGAGCUGACACCCCAGAUGCUGCUGCUGCCGCCUCGGCCACCCCACCCUCGGUCCUCCUCUCCAGAGGCCAUGGACCCACCGCCCCCCAAAGCUCCCCCUUUCCCCAAGACGGAAGGCCCUUCCUCCACUCCAUCCUCGGCGGCAGGGCCCCGGCCCCCGCGGCUGGGCCGCCACCUGCUCAUCGACGCCAACGGGGUGCCCUACACAUACACGGUGCAGCUGGAGGAGGAGCCCCGGGGCCCGCCCCAGCGCGAGGCAGCGCCGGGAGAACCCGGGCCGCGCAAGGGCUACAGCUGCCCGGAGUGCGCUCGCGUCUUUGCCAGCCCUCUGCGGCUGCAGAGCCACCGCGUGUCGCACUCGGACCUCAAGCCCUUCACGUGCGGCGCCUGCGGCAAGGCCUUCAAGCGCUCCAGCCACCUGUCGCGGCACCGCGCCACGCACCGCGCGCGCGCAGGCCCGCCGCACACCUGCCCGCUGUGCCCACGCCGCUUCCAGGACGCCGCGGAGCUGGCGCAGCACGUGCGCCUGCACUGAGUUCCAGACCCUCGGGGCCUCGCGAGCCACACAGCGUCACUCCCACACGUGCUCCCAGCCUUACCCGGGGCCUCCGUUUCUCCACCCGCCCAAAGGGAGAAACACCAGCCCUUCCUCACCUUCCUUCUAGCUGUGUGAUGUAGACCAAGCCGUUGCCCCUCCCUGGGCCUGGGAGCCAGUCUUGGAGCUGGGUUCCGGCCCGGCUGUGCUGCGCGAGCCUUUGCAGGUGACAACGUCUCCGAGCCUUGGUCUUCUGCUCCGAAGUGGUGAACGGUUGUGUGCGCGGAAGAUUUAACAAAAGAGCACGGCGCGGUCUGGCUCAUUUCUGUAUCUCCCCCUUUCCACCCACAGCCCUCACCCCUUACUCAAUAAACAUUCCGCACUCCA